AUGUCGACCGAAUCAAGAAUUGAAGCAGGGAAUACCUCAGUGACUGGCUCUGACAAUGGAAACCGUUCGACCUUGUGGAAGCUCUGGACCAAUUCUUGGUUUCAGAUCAUCUUGAUCAGUUUUAUCUGCUUCUGCUGCCCGGGUAUGUACAAUGCCCUCAGUGGUCUGGGUGGUUCUGGCCAAGUCGACCAAACUGUGGCUGCAAAUGCCAAUGUCGCUCUUCUGUCUGCCACUGCUGGAACUGCUCUAUUCGUGGUUGGCCCGAUCUUUGACCGUGUUGGACCAAGAGUUUGUCUCUUGCUCGGAGGCUGGACCUAUGCGUUGUAUUCCGGCAGUCUGUUGUGUUUCAAUUCGACAAGCAACGGCGCGUUCGUUAUUGCUGCCGGUGCGAUUCUCGGUGUGGGUGCAUCGUUCUUAUGGGUUGCUCAGGGUGCGAUCAUGACAACCUAUGUACCAGAGUCCCAAAAGGGGCGCGCAAUUGCUGUCUUCUGGAUCAUCUUCAACCUGGGCGGUGGAGUUGGAUCGCUCGCUAGCUUCGGCCUCAACUACGGCUCGACGACUGGAACCGUGAACGAUGGAACAUAUAUUGCCUUGCUCGUUAUUAUGGCCUUUGGGUGGCUCCUCGGUUCACUCAUUUGCCCUCCGUCCUAUGUUCGGGUGGCUGAGUUGCAAGUGACCCCAGAGAGCGAGAAGAAUUGGCGCCAGAUUGCUCGCCACUCUGUGAAGACUCUCUGCCACUGGCAGGUCUUGUGCAUGCUACCCCUCUUCUUCUCAGCCAAUGUGUUCUACUCCUAUCAGCAGAACGCAGUGAACGGCAUGAACUUUAACAUCCGAACUCGUUCACUCAACGGUGCGCUCUAUUGGAUGGCACAGAUGCUGGGUGGACUUGUUAUGGGUUCCAUCCUCGAUAUUCCGGGGCUUACCCGCCCUAUGCGCGCUCGCGUCGCUUGGGUUUUCCUGUUGGUCACCGGAAUGGCCAUUUGGGGUGGGGGUUAUGUGUUCCAGAAGUGGUCCGAUGCCCGCUUGUUGCGAGGUUUCAAGCAGGACAUCGAUUACACCCAAGGCAGCAUCUCUGUAGGCCCGAUGUUCCUUUACAUCUUUUAUGGCGCAUAUGAUGCGCUCUGGCAGUCGUACUGCUACUGGCUCAUUGGUGCUCAAUCCAACUCCCCGGCUGCGGCUGCCGUUUUGGUUGGAGCGUACAAGACCUUCCAGAGCACUGGAGGUGCCAUGUCAUGGCGUGUCAAUGCCGUGGAGACGCCUGCCAUGACCCAACUCGCUAUGAACUGGGGUCUCUGCAUCGGCUCGUUGAUUAUUGCCAUCCCAACCGUUCUGGCGAUCACUCUCACCAGCGAACCCGCACCAUCCGCUACCGAUGAAAAGGGAUACCUAGAGUCAGAGGGGCCCCAGACAGAGGUGGUGAAGAGUUGA